CCUGUCGCUCUCGCACUUGGAGCCAGUGACUUCUCCCACUCCCUGCCUGGCACGCCGGCUCCCGGGCAGGCGCGAGGGGGGCUCGGCGGCGGCGCACCUGUAGCCUCCCCCUGCCCCGCGGCGUCCCCCCUCCUUUCCCGUCCCUCGAACCUCCAGCGGGAGCGGCAUGGAUCAUAGAGGAGCCGGAAAAGCCGUGGGCACCGGUGCCCUUGUUUAGGGGCACUGCCCAGCCGCCAGGAGCGCCUCUGUCUCUGAGGGCAUUGCCCGGGAUCUCGGGAAUCGUUUUGGCCCCUCCCUCGGCCCCUUUCGAUGGAUUGAGGAUUUUUUCCCAGCUGACAGCGACCCCACACCGCCCCCCCACAAAAGUUUGGCAAAGUGUCUUCUGCGUUCGAGACAAGGCUGGAAAAGGGGGCGGCUCGCCUCGCCCCCUUGGCCUGGAUUACAAUGCUCGGGGGCCAGGAGGCUAUCGGAGGCAGGGGGCUGUCUGGAUCCUCGGGGCAGCAACACUGAAGAAGCCCCUGCCCGCUUACCCCCCUCCCCCAGCAACGCAGCCUUGGCACCAUGUAUGCCCCCUGCAAUGCCCUUCAGCUUCUCCUGGCAACAACCUUGCGGAUCCUGUACUGCGCCGCAACGAUGACGCACCCUGACGCUGACAAGACCCAUCCAUCUGGGGAAGUGAUCCGGUGGAUGGACGUGUAUAACCGCAGCUUUUGCCAGCCCAAGGAGACGCUGGUGCCUGUGAGCGCUGAGCACCCUGGGGAAGUGGAGCACAUCCUGGUGCCCUCCUGUGUGCCUUUGCGGCGUUGUGUCGGCUGCUGCUCUGACGAGGAAUUGCAGUGCGUUCCAGUCCAGAUGCACGUGGUGAUCAUGGAGGUGAUGCGGACCCGGUUUCCACGCAGCCACCUAGGUCAGAUGUCUUUUGUGGAGCACAGUGCAUGUGAAUGCAGACCAAAGAAACUGAUCGCAGACAAAACAGAAAGGGUACCCUGCCCCCCUUGUCUCGACAGACGGAAGCAGCCAGACCCACAGACGUGCCAGUGUCGCUGCCGGCGCCGUCCUCGACGCUGCCGGAACCUUGGUUUGGAACUCAAUGAACACAGUUGCAGGUGUGAAAAGCUCCGCAGAUGAUCCAAUAGGAGAGUGAGGAGGAGGGGACUCUACAAACAUCCCCUCCCCCAGAUUGCCGCGCAGCUGGAUAAGAAGCUGGAGAGAAAGGCUCGAUGAUAAGUUCCCUCUCUCCCGGCUGGCCAUGAACUUUCUCUGCUGGGAACAGACGAGGGUUAUUUGUCGGGAAGACCUAUUUGUCCAGGAGACGUCUGACAACUGCCAGGAAAGGACACACACAAACACCCUGGCCUGCACCCCCCUUGAUUCUUUCUCCGCACUGGAGUGAGGCCGUACCAUGUAACUGCAAGAGCUGAAAGGUCUAGCCUAGAGACAUUUUAGAGAUGCACCAUCCGUAUUUAAAAUCCUAAACCAGUCUCCUGUGGUCCACCCAUGUCUCUUUUAAUUUAAUGGCCUCCCCGCUGAAGGCUCCUUAAAUUGUAUUCCCCCCCCCCCGGUCUUUUUUACAUUCACUACACCUUCCCGCAAUGGUACUCUUUCCAAGAGACCACUUCCUUCCAGGCUGAAGAAAGAGACACCUUUAAAGCUUUGGCAGUCACGGGAGCCCCACGUCUGCUUGUACUUCCCGUCACGCUGUUAGGAGUAUUAUUAUGUUGUUAUUAUAUUAAUAUCCAUAAAGAUCUGCCUGUAAGACCCUG